UGUGAAUUGCCGUAAGCUGUAAACAAUCCUUGCAGUAGACAUGGAAUUAGACACAAUGAAAUGGAAUGAUAUAACACUCACAGCUUUUUAUGCUAAAUACCAAAGGAUGUUCUUCUCCCUCGGUACUAAUUGUGAAAAGCUUCAGUUUUAUAGUCAAAGCUUCAAUAUCUGAAUCAGCGUCGCGUAUUUCCUCUCUGCAAAAAAAGAACUAAAAUGACUUAUAUAAACCAAAUUCCGAUAAGCCGAAAGUCCUCGAUUCCUUCAUUUAGCCAAAAUCAACGAUGAAUGUUUAUUAACGCUACGUAAUGAACCUUCCAUCAUUUUACCUACAAGUAAGUACCAACAUUCUUGUUCAUCAAGCACUGUAGAAACGUUAAAGAAUGUUUGUAGAAAGAUCUAUUUUGUAUGGGUUAACUGUGUGCACAUGUCUGCUGUUCUUCUUUGUAUACCAUUUCAACGCCAAAUAUGAACUUCAACCUAUUCUUACUUUGGGAUUAUUAAAUGCGAGUUUGGGAGCUAUAUCAGAUUUGUUAGCGCAGGCCCUAGAUUCUUACAAGUCGAUGGAAUUUCAGAAGAAACGUGACAUUACUUUAGAAAAAUACGGAAACUCAAUUCUUUUGCCUGCUAGAACAGCUAAACUGGACUUUCACAGGACGAUUCGUUAUGCGGCAUAUGGUUUAUGUUUUACACCAAUCCAGUACCAUUGGUUUGCAAGUUUGAAAAACUUGGUACAAGGAGAGAAUGAGUUUUUCUGCAACCUUUUCCGAGUAGCUAUUGACCAGUUGUUAUUUGCUCCUCUUGGUCUUGGAUUUUUCUUUUUUUUUAUGGGCAUUACCGAAUGCAAGUCUGCAGACAAAAUCAAAGCUUUCUUCAAAAAGAAUUAUGUUCCUACUCUUAAGGCGAACUACAUCUUGUGGCCAGCCGCACAAUUCAUUAACUUCACUUUUAUUCCGUUUGUUUUUCAAGUCUUAUUUGUUAAUGCAAUCGCCAUGAUUUGGACAAGUUAUCUAAGUUUGAAAAACAGCUCUUCUAAUGUGAGCCUACAUGAUUAAUAUUAUUGAACAUUGUAAUGAAUUAUGAGAAUAAAGUUUUCAGUGAUCAACGAACAUAUUUGACGCUGAAUGUCGUCUAAACAUAUCAUUCUCGUUUUUCAAAUGGGACACAUAAACAUAUGUGAUAUUCUAAUACCAAAAAAGGGACUGACCUAUGUUUUCUUCCUUGUUAUGCUUCGUUUGUAUUUUAUUCUGCAAAAUACUUAUAUCUCUCUUCUCUUACUUUGAUAAUCGUUGUGAAUAUGGCUUAACAGUAGAAACGACAACAAGCCUUCACAGAAGAAUCAUGGCCUCUCGAAACUUUCAUAGUCAAGUGUAAAACUUACAUUGUUAUGUUCGCUUUUGCAACAAAGCUUCCUUCUUUCAUUUACACCUGCCUAUUACACUUUCUUUUCUCUAGUGAUUUGCACAGAUACUUUUCAUAGUCAUUAAUGUAUAUCGGUUUUGCAUACCCAAGAAAAAAUUGGGACUAUACCUUUCGUUACCCUUCUUUAGAGCUUGUAGUUUACAAAUUA